AUGGAAGUUACACGUAGAAUAAGUGUUCUGUCUGACUUUGAGAUCGGGAAACAACUUGGUCGUGGGAAGUUCGGGACUGUUUUCCUUGCAAGAACAAAGAAGUCGCAUUUUCCAUGUGCAAUAAAAGUUAUUUUCAAAAAACAGAUUGUGAAGAACAAACUAGAACACCAAAUAAGACGCGAAAUAGAAAUCAUGUGUCAUCUCCAGCACCCCCACAUUCUUCAGCUGUACACAUAUUUUCAUGAUCACAAGAGAAUUUACCUGGUUCUUGAGUAUGCUUUUUUAGGUCAAAUGUAUACUGAGCUGCGAAGGCUCGGACGCUUUAGUGAGGCGCGUUCAGCCACAUACAUAUACCAGCUUUGUGAUGCGCUUAUGUACUGCCACCGGAUGAAAGUAAUCCAUCGCGAUAUCAAACCUGAGAACUUACUUCUUGGUUUUCAUCAAGAGUUGAAACUAUCGGACUUCGGUUGGGCUGUUCAUGCUCCAUCACUCAGGAGACGAACGCUUUGCGGAACAAUAGACUACUUAGCUCCAGAAAUGGUUGCUGGGGUUUCCCAUGAUGAACGUGUGGAUCACUGGACUGUUGGAGUUUUAUGCUAUGAAAUGCUUUGUGGUAAACCUCCGUUUGAACAUCCUAAUACACAAGACACUUAUGCCUGUAUCAGAACUGCUAAAUAUACCUUCCCUCCUGUUAUAACUCCGAUGGCACAAGACAUGAUAUCUAAGAUCCUUCAACGUUAUCCGACGGAUCGGUUGUCCCUAGAAGGAAUCAUCUCUCACCCAUGGAUUCAAAACUUCGCAAAUAAAACUUCUUUCCAUUCUACUGUUAAGCCCAGACCUAGAUCCUGA